UAAACGUUUGCUGUCACUUUUCGAAUUGAAUAAUUGCUUUACUUUCUAAAAAAAUAAUAAUAUUAUUGCGUAUAACUUAUAAAAUGGAUCAAAACGAUUUAACUAAUGGUUUGGAUAUAGAAAAAUUCGAAGACACUUACGAAUAUCUCGCUAUAGAGUGUACUAGAUUAAGAGGCUUGUUAGAAGACUUAGGACUUUUAAAUCUUGUAACUGACAGUUUAGAAUCAAAUGCUGUUAAUAAGAAUGAUAAACUUGAGUUUCAAGCUAAACGAGACAUGUUGGAAAUAAAAGCGCGUAUUCAACUAUAUGAAAAGAUGAAUUUAAAACUUUCUGAUGAAGUUAAAAUAGCUUGUCGAGAAGUGGAUCAUUCAAAAAACCUUUUAGAACAAUAUUCUGUGCCUUCAAAAGAGAUCAAAGUAUUAAAAGAGAAGUGUAAAAGUUAUCAGAAGCAUGUGAGGAAACCGGAGUUUUCAUGGUUGCAAGAUCCAAGGUUUAAAUUCGAUAACAUUUUAAGUGACAUGGAGAUUUUACAACAAUUAACGUAUGAUAAAAAUUGUUUGGAAAAGGAAUUAAGAAAGGAGUAUUGUGGCUUAACACCAAAUUUAAUAGAAGCUAAUCAACAGUUAUUAAAUGUAAAACGGAAAUACGAUUCUUUCAUAAAUAAAAUUGAACAUAGAAGACAUUAAUUUAUA